ACUUAAUUCCUCCCUUUAAAACGAUAGCAGCGAGUGCUGGACGACUCGCCGACCUUCGCACGUAUGACCAUCUCGACCGCCACAGAAGAGAGAGAAAAGGGCGAGGGGGGGGAGAGAGAGAGAGAGCGAGUCUUUUAUGGCAGCAGGAGGAGAGGCGUAGAACCAUUGUUUCGUUGUCAUUCGACCAUUCGCCGGAGACAUAGCGACAGAGCGAAAUAGAAGGGUUGGUCGACGAGGAAAGAGAGUCUGCAGAAUCUCUCUUCUUCGGUACUUGAGAAAUCGGGAAAUCGGUUUCCAUCGUAGCGGGAAUAACUGGAGUCGGGCUUUCCGCUUUCAUUGGAACAUAGGAGGUCCUCACUUUUAUUUGUUGAAGGCGGCUGAUUUGCUGCCGAUGAUGGAGCUAGAUCUGAUGUAUCCUUCUUGUGAUUCGUUGGAUAGUGAUGAUGAAUACGAGAAGUUUAUUAGGAGGAUGAACCCGCCGAGGGUUGUUAUUGACAACGAAUCCUGCGCCAGAGCAACAGUUGUUCGGGUUGACAGUGCAAACAAGUAUGGGAUCCUUUUGGAAGUUGUUCAGGCUCUCACUGAUCUAAAUCUUAUCAUCAUUAAAGCUUAUAUAACAUCAGAUGGUGGUUGGGUCAUGGACGUUUUCAACGUUACGGAUCACGAGGGAAAGAAAAUAAGGGAUGAAGCUUCUAUCAAAUCGAUUGUGGAUUGCAUUCGGAAGUCUUUGGGAGCAGAUUUUUCUUUUCGACCUUCUAGGAGAAGAUCAGUGGACUUUGCACCUUCAUCUGAUUACACUUCGAUCGAGCUAACUGGAACUGACCGGCCUGGUUUGCUCUCAGAAGUGAGUGCCGUGCUUACAGACCUAAAGUGCAAUGUCGUUACUGCUGAGAUAUGGACCCAUAAUAACAGAGCAGCAGCUGUGAUGCAAGUGACAGAUGAAGUCACAGGUGCCGCAAUUACUGAUCCGGAAAAGCUUUCUAGAAUCAAAGCUCUCUUGUGUAAUGUCCUCGAAGGAAACAACAAGACCAGAGGAGCUAAAACUGCCAUUUCAAAGGGUGUCACCCAUACUGAGAGAAGGCUCCACCAGAUGAUGUUUGCAGAUCGGGAUUAUCAGAGAACUGGUCAGAACUUGGUUGAUGAGACUAUGAGGCCAAAAGUUUCUGUUGUGAAUUGUUACGAUAAGGAUUAUUCAGUGGUGACAAUUCAGUGUAAGGACAGACCAAAACUUCUUUUUGAUACAAUUUGCACUUUGACGGAUAUGCAGUAUGUGGUUUUCCAUGCAAAUGCGGAUGGGGAGGGCCCCGAAGCUUAUCAGGAGUACUAUAUCAGACACAUCGAUGGGUUUCCUGUUAACUCUGAAGCUGAGAGGGAAAGAAUUGUUCAAUGUCUUGAAGCGGCGAUAGAGAGGAGGGUAUCUGAGGGUUUGAAGCUUGAGCUGUGCACAAAUGACAGAGUUGGAUUGCUGUCGGAUGUCACACGAAUCUUCCGUGAGAACAGCCUUACAGUAACGAGAGCUGAAGUUUCAACCAAAGGUGGCAAAGCAAUCAACACAUUUUAUGUUCGUGAUGCCACGGGAAACCAAGUCGAUGCGAAGAUAAUAGACGCCAUACGGCAAGCAAUUGGGCAGACCGUGCUUCAAGUGAAAGAGGUUUCCAGAUCUCCUCCCCAAGAGUCUCCCACGCGGUUCCUCUUUAGCGGACUGUUCAAAUCCAGAUCUUUUUGUAAUUUCGGUCUCACCAAAUCCUACUCUUAGAUGUAAUCCUACCUCAUCUCUGCACAUAAUCUCAUUAUUCUCUCACAUUUAUCACUUACACAGCCAGUUCUGAAGGCAGGGAAGCCAUCUUAUGGCUCCCAUGGAUCUGGAAUACUUUAGGUGAAGUCUUGUAAACAGAAAAUUCCUCUUGUUUCAUCUAUUUAACCGUGUCUGGGAUGCUGAAAUGCUGUAAAUAUGAAUGUAAAUACUUUCAGCAAUAUCAAGCAGAAUGAAUGGUUUUAAUCCUUGAA